AUGGUGGAAGCCCCACCCAAGCUCCAGCCCGCCGCCGCGACGUCGUGGCCGGAGCUGCUCGCCCCAUUCGACCUCUCCCGCCUUCGCUCCACGCUCUCCUGCCGCCCGCUCACCCCGCGCCGCCUCGCCCGCCUCCUCGCGCUCCCGCUGUCGCCGUCCACCUCCCUCCUCCUUCUCCAGUGGUACGCCGCCUCCCACCCCGCCGUCUCCUCUCUCCCGCUCCGCCCCCUCCUCGCCGCCGCCGACGCAGACCCGGAGCGCGCGCUCUCCCUCCUCGAAUCCAUCCCCUCCUCCCACCUCCCCCCAAUCCGCGAGUCCCUCCUCAUCCCGCUCUUGCGCUCCUUGGCCCCCGGCCGCGCCCUCCACCUGCUCGACCAGUUGCCCCGCCGCUUCGCCGUGACACCCUCCUUCCGCUCCUACAACACCGUCCUCGCGGCGCUCGCCAGGGCCGACUGCCACACCGACGUGCUCGGGCUCUACCACCGGAUGGUCCACAGGGACCGCGUCCCACCCACCACCUUCACCUUCGGCAUCGCGGCACGCGCCCUCUGCCGCCUCGGACGUGCCGACGAGGCGCUCGUGAUGCUCCGCAGCAUGGCGCGGCACGGUUGCAUACCCGACACAGUGCUCUACCAGACGGUCAUCCACGCGCUGUGUGCCCAGGGUGGCGUCAACGAGGCUGCCACGCUCCUCGACGAGAUGUUCCUCAUGGGGUGCUCCGCGGAUACCCAAACCUUCAAUGACAUCGUGCACGGGCUAUGCACGCUCGGGCGUCUACGCGAGGCGGCGAGGCUGGUGGACAGGAUGCUGGUAAGAGGAUGCGUGCCAAACUCCAUGACGUACGGAUUCCUUCUCCAGGGCCUGUGUCGAGCAAAGCAGGUGGAUGAGGCACGCACAAUGCUCGGGAGGGUGCCGGAGUUGAAUGUUGUGCUGUUUAACACGGUGAUUGGGGGUUGUCUUUCCGAUGGGAAGCUAACGGAGGCGACAGAGCUGUAUGAGAUAAUGGGAUCAAAAGGCUGCCCACCAGAUGUACACACUUUUAGUAUAUUGAUACACGGGUUCUGCAAGCGUGGGGAGGUUGGUUCCGCCAUGAGGGUUCUUAGAGAGAUGGAGGAUAAGGGUUGUGCUCCAAACAUGGUGACCUACACGAUUUUGCUGCAUUCCUUUUGCAGGAAAGGCAUGUGGGAUGAUAUAAGAGAAAUGCUGGAGGUACUGUCGGCAAAGGGCUUGAGCAUGAAUUCGCAAGGAUACAAUGGAAUGAUAUAUGCUGUAUGUAAGGAAGGCAGGAUGGAUGACGCGAGGACACUCAUGCAAGAGAUGAAGUGUAAAGGUUACAAGCCUGAUAUUUGCACGUAUAACACAAUAAUUUAUCAUCUCUGCAAGAAUGACCAGAUCGAAGAGGCUGAGUAUCUAUUUGAGAAUUUGCUUGACGAGGGUGUUGUGGCCAAUGGGAUAACUUAUAAUACACUCAUUCAUGCACUGUUGCGCAAAGGAAGCUUGAAGGAUGCCAUAAACCUUGCUAAUGAUAUGGUACUUCAUGGCUGCUCACUUGAUGUUGUUACUUACAAUGGUCUCAUAAAAGCCCUGUGCAGAGAUGGGAAUGUUGAUCGGAGCGUGGCGUUGCUGACGGAAAUGACAGAAAACGGAAUUAAGCCAAAUAAUGUUACGUACAACCUCUUGGUUAGUGAGCUCUGUAAGAAUAGAAGAGUGCGUGAUGCACUAGAGCUCUCAAAGGAGAUGUUAAACCAAGGCCUUACUCCUGACAUUGUCACGUACAACACACUCAUAAAUGGGUUAUGCAAAAUGGGAUGGAUGCGUGCUGCCCUGAAUCUCCUAGAGAAGUUACAAAGUGAAGAUGUGUGUGCCGAUAUUAUUACGUAUAAUAUCCUCAUUAGUUGGCACUGCAAGGCGAGAUUCUUUGAUGAUGCUAAUAUGCUUCUGAACAGAGCAGUGGCUGAUGGGAUAACACCUAAUGAGCGUACAUGGGGAAUUAUGGUGCCAAAUUUUGCUAGAAAGCCACUUAGUUUUUUAUCUGACGAGGUUGAAGGUCAUUAAUUUGUUUUUGCUCUGUAUUGUAUGUUAUGGUUAGUUGUCAUGGGCUCAUGGCUUUUGGAAUCGCCACAACUUCAGAGGUUGUAAAGAUCAAAAUGGGAAGAUCAUGGUGUCCAUCAUAAUCUUCACCAUGUUGUCCUGGUAUGUAUGUCUCUUCCUGUUAGAAGUUUGUGCUCUGUGCCAUGACUACAGCAUUAAUUCAUUAUCUUGUUGUACCAUGGCAGGUGUAUGUUCAGUGGAUGAUAGAUACAGUUACUCAGAUCCAUCUUGACAUGUUCUAGCUGUAGUUACAUGGAAAAUACAGAAAGUAUUGAAACCUCAGUUGCAUCAUUAUUUUUUAAUCAAUAUGUUGAAACCUCACUAUAAAGCCAUGGAUCUCUCAGUUAAAAUCAAAGAUGUCUAUAUCUCUUAUAUUUCUUUGUGAGUAAUUAUAUUGCAUAAUUUAUCAACUAGGGUACAUUUUGAUAGAAAUCAGAGUCAGGAUUAAUUUGUUCCAUUUACUGAUUCACUGCAAUGCCACAGUGGAGCUCUGCUUAAUUGUUCCAGUCCUUGUCAACCUCUGAUAUUGAUUAAGAACAACUGCAAAAGACAAAGGCAUUCUCCUUAAAUGAAUUUGCUAUUUUUAUCUAUAGUUCUGACUGAAAAACUGUGAAUAACGAGCGGAAUAGUUCAGGUUAUUGGAAAAAACAAAGUACGUGAAACCUGCGAUGCUGCCGGUCUUUAUACUUCAACAUGCAGUAGUGCAGUGUUAUAUAAUUUAGCAAAUACCAUGUCUCAUCGAUGCAUUUUCCUUGGCCUUUGAGCUUGCCAACUUUCUAGUUAGUAGUUACUACAAAUUAGUCAAACGAGGGAAAUUGAUUCAUCUUGAUAGUUGAAUACUGUCCAUUUUAAGGAAAACAUGCCCUUUGCUGUGAUGGCUGCCCAUCAACCUAAGCUCCAUGUAUGGUGACUGUGUAGUUCUAAAGCACCAAUUAUUGUGAUUUACGAGUGGUUGGGAUUUCAUGUGAUGAUGUUCUUAAUUAUAAUGAAGAUGCCGACGUUUGCCAGUUUUCAUUGAAGAAUGAAUUACUCUCAUCUCUGAUUCAGUUGAAGUGAAUAUUACCAGAAAAGCUAAACCUUCAAUGUCUCCUCCAUGCUUUCCUUUGGCAGGACAUGUUUGUUGUGUGAGUGUGACCUCAAUUUUAUUUGUUUGCAAUGUUUUUACAAUGUGGUAACCCAUAGAUACUUAAAAUUUGCACAUCUCUGGAUUAGUUGGCCACUUGGAAUGGGUUUGUGAUGCUGUUGUCUGCAGUAUGGAGGUCCAUGCCUGGGCUCCUGUAUGCGUUUUGAUUUUUCAACUGAACAUUCCCUCAUGUCCUUUCCAUCUCAUGUACAUUUGCACCAUUGUCCAUUCAAAACAAAGGUGAGAGAUGUCAUAACACCUGAACUUUUAAACAUCAUUGUGAGCUAAAUUUUAUUUGGUUGUGACUAGUUUCGAAGUUUGCAGAUAGAAUGUUAUUCGAUUUUAUACUAGGCAUCAUAUACUAUACUUUUGUUUCGGACUUUGGAGAAUUUUUUUUUUUUUUGCUAGCAUCUAUGCGUGAACCCUACACACGUUCCUUUGUUUUCUAUCUUGUUUCUCUUUGCAUCUCCUCUCCUUUGUUACAUUGCUGAAUUCGACAUGGAAUGGUUUGAUUGGGUUACUCUAGAAAACUUAAAAAUCAUAACAAAUGGAUUGAUUUACUGUUUUUUUUGUUAUGCAUAAGUGGAUCAUAUGCAUUUUUUGUAUUUCGUUUGAGAAUUUGUCUUGAUGCUCAUACGUUAGUAUUUUUCAUCAUCUCGGUCGUAAAUUAGAUUAGACUAAUGGUCAGGUACAGGCAGCAGGGGAGCUAUAUUUGUUAUAUAGUCCCAUGUAUAAUAGAUCUUACAUCAGCUUCUGUUCAUCAGGAGUGAACUAAUUACCUAAUUAUUGUUAACCUUAGUUUACCUGAAGGGUCCGCUUUCACAAAAUGGGCAACCAGCAAUUUCCAAAUCAAAACCAAGGGAUGCAAUUUUGAAGACUCCCAGUAAUGUUUCUGUUCUAUAUAUUCAUGCUUUUGCCGUUUGCAAGGUCGGCCUAUGCCGAUAAAGCUCUCUGCCGGUUGCAAGGUUUGCAUAUGCCGGAAAAUGUUCAAUGCCAUGUAACUUGAAACUUUUUCUUGAUUAUAGUGUGCUUGGUGAAAGGAUGGAUUACUAUUGAAACUUUUUCUGACAUCCCAACCUUUGAAUGGAGAGCCUAUUUAUUGUGCUGCUGGUGCUUCUGAUUUUUGUAUGCAGGAACAGUAUAUACACCAGACUAUAAAUGAAACAGGGGCCACUAUUCUAGUAGGAGGAAAGGAUUCAGGACAUCUUAGCAAUAGCCAUGCUGGAGAGCUGAUGAAUCCUGGAAGAUGUGUACCCUAAGAUGAUUGGCUGACGUCCCCUGAAGACUCCUUCCUUCAUCAGGGUGAUGUUUGCUGACGACAAUGUGGUCGUGGCACGACCAGCCAAUGCCGGCCUUGGAGCGGGCGCAAGGUUCAGUGCUAUGGACCCACAGUUCCAAUGAUCAACUGCUGUCCAUGACCUGCGGCAUAUCUGGGGAACAAUUCCUUUAUCCAUUCAAACUGCAAGGUCGUGCAAGGCAAUGGUUGUGUGUUUAUACAGGCUAGGACAGAGUUAUUGUGCAUAACAAAAGAUUAGUAGUGCUCAGGCAGCUAAGUUUCUUACC